GUCUGUCUCCGGUGUCGCCUUGAGACGACCUGGUGUAUCAGAAGCUUCUCGCUGUCCGUUAGGGGUUUCCAGGACAGCAAGCUACGCGUCGGAGACGGGACUCGUGCCCCGAAGCCCCAGCCUCCAAAAGCCUGGCCCGCCAUGAUGAGUUCUUCGCGAGAUCCCACCGCCCGUCUGCGCGCCGGGUUAAACCCCCUGCUAACGGCGUCGCUGGGGGCCUACCAUAACCACAACGCCGCCAACACGCCAGUGUCGGCCUUGUCUGUGAGCUCCCACGGCGCCUUCUCAUCCGGUCAGACUCCGCUGAGCGCCAUCCAGCCGUAUAAUCCGCAGGAAUGGAUUUCUCCGCCAAUGCCCGGUCCUGCUCCGGAUCGGAUGCCACAUUUGCAACCGCAGCAUGUACAGCAGUAUGUACAAGCUGCUCAGCCUUUUCAGGACCCUCAAACGCCACCGCUCCCGCCACCACCCUACUCCCCUCCGCGCAGCCGGCCGAUGAGCAUGGCCUUCGACCAGGCGCAAGUGGCCAACGUAUCCGUUGCCAGGGCCCCUCCUCCCCCGGUUCAGCGGGCAGUCACGGAAUCACCAGUCGCCAACCCAUCGUUCCCCCCACCGCCCGGAACCAGAGGCGCUUCACGUGAGAGGAGGUUCGGGCUCCCGUCAUUCGGGAGGAGGCGGGAAACGGAACAAACAAGUCCUCCGGCAGAGCAAGCUCCGCACUCGAGGUCUUUUAGUAUGCUAACGCGGGCGACCCCCAGCCACCCGGCGCCCCUGACGCUCCAGAUACCGCCCGGGGUCGAGUCGGAUGCCACUCAGAGCUUGGCUCCGGGUGCAAGACGAGCAGCGUCGACUCCGGCCGUGUCCACGCCAACGUCAGCGCGGUCGCGCUCCUCGUCCCAGGUCCGAUGGGACGCUCACAUGCCCGUACCGCCGCCCCCGCCCGGGCCUGCACCAUCGGCAUCGAGGUCUCAAAGCGCCCAACGGGUUACGUUGGGAAGCGAUCCGGUUGUCUCACCACCGACCCGUAGACCUCCCCCCAGCGGAGUAGCCGCGCUGGGACCGGUUCCACUUACGCCGGCAAAUUGGAGGGAAGGCGACAACAUGCCGGGCCCCACCCCGCCGCAGACCGAGUCGCCCAAUACUGCAGCUGUACAAGGGGCAGAGACCUCCAGUGUUGGAAACUCUACCGCCGGCUCUCAGGCCGAAUCCGUCCUAUCUGGGAGUCCGUCGACGGGUUUGACUAGGAGCCCUGCUGUGCGAGGAGAGAAGACACUGCUGGAGAGAAGGAGCGAGAGCCGGACGAGGACGGGAACACGGGACCCAAUCGAUGCGGCAGCGAGACCGCAACCUCUGUCUGACAUAGUGAUCCCAGGGCCAUCAGGAUUACAGCGACGCUUGACCAUCAGUCGCGGGACGCCCCGGACAGGGAGAACGAGCGAGACUCCCAGGACUGCCGAGUCGCAUGAAAGCGGGCCAGAAUCACGAACUCCACGUGCCGAUGGUUCGAUGCAGGGUCUGUCGGGCCAAGUGACGCCAACAAUGUUAUCGCCCAACGCAGCCGGAAAGCAACCCGAAGUCCGUCCCGCCUUCGCGCCGAAGGCCUUGCCCACCCCUCCAACGGGGAGCCGAUCGUCCUCAUCGCAGCGAGGGCUAGGCCCGGACACCCCGGCACACCCGCUGACGAAACAAACGGCCAUUACCCAGACUACGGAGCAAUUUGCCCGGGGUACCAUCGAGCGCUUUACGACAUUCGCCCAAAGAGAGGCAGCCGCAGUCAACGAUGCAGAACGGGUUAGGUUGUUUGCCGAGUUCUUCGUCAGCGAGUCGAGGAUACGGCGGGAACGGUACGGGGCAGCCAUCGGCGCCAUGGGUUCUGAGAUACUCGACCUGACCCGUGACUUGUUCCGACCGAUGGUUGCGAGACGGGAAUCGACCAACUCAGCCACCAGCGGGACCGUGGAACUAACACCGGAGUCGUCCGAGCCCCGAUCGCACCGCGGGUCUAUCGGAUCUGUGCUGGGAGCCGGAACACCGACAUCCGGCCAGCAUGCACCGCCAUCUCCGGGGUCGCCGGCCAACCAAAACUGGCAGACGUCCAAUUACAUGCCGUCCCUGUCGCCGAUCCUGAGCAUGAGCGUCAGCGAUGCAGUCGACGAGGAGGAUUCUCGAGGACGGCCGGCAAGCCGCUGGUGGGAAGCCGAUUCGACGGGAGCCCCGGGCCCGAGGAUAGAGAGGUCAAAGAGGGAGUCCAAGUACAUGGGUGUCCCAAAGGAAGGUCUCGAGGCGCUACAGUGGGUCGACGAACCGAGCUCAUCACCCGCUCCCGGAUCGAGCAAGCGCACGUCAUAUCCCCCGGAGAAGACGGGAUGGCAUGACCAGGACCCCGCGAGUACGCCUCAGGCUUUCUCCCGCAGCUCGCUGUCAUCUUCGUCCGCACCAGCCACGCCAAACCCGGACCACCUGGACGUCUCGCGGCUCGUGACGCUGCCACCGCCGUAUCCGCGCCACCAUCCUGCGGUAAACAACAGCCAUCCCGAACUGGCUCAGACCCGCAGCGCCGUGCGCGUGAUCAGCGACAUGACCGAGAUAGAUGAAAUCAAGGAGCGAUUCAAAGAGAGCAGUACCAAGCUCCGUACCGAAGCAGCCGAGGCCGCCAGGAAGCGGCGGCAAGCCCUCCGGCAGCACCUGCAGGCGCAGAUCUCGUCCGGCGCCAUGAGCUAUGCCGACGCAGCCGCCAUCGAAGCGGACGCCAAGGCCGACGAGCACACCGCCCUGAAAGACCUCGAGAAGAAAGACUUUGACACUUUCCAGACCGACGUCGUCAUGCCCGUCAACGAGAUCCUCCAAACCCGCAUCACGAAAGCCACCGACCUCUUCUCCUCCCUCCGCAGUCGCCUCUUCGACGAAACACACGAGUCCAACCCCAAUCUGCCACAAGAAGAAGGCGACGAGCAGCCCGAGCUCCUCGAGAAACUCACCCUCCUCAAGUGGAUCUUCGAGGCGCGCGAAGCCCUGCACCGAUGUCUCUACGACCUCCUCUCGGACCGCAACGACCGCUACCGCGACAUGGUCCUGGUCCCCUACCGCCUUGCAGGGCAGGACGACAAGGUGCGCUCGGCCGAAGCCUUCUUCGUCGAAGACGCCGCCAAACGCGCACUAGCCUUCUCCGAGGAAGUGCUGCACCGCACGCAGGAGUUCCGCGACGUGGUCGAGGAAACCGUCGUCCGCGGGGUCGAGGUGCAGCUCAACGCCUUCUGGGACAUCGCCCCGCCCCUGAAACGCCUGCUCGACAAGAUCCCCGCCGACCAUCUCGAGGGCUUCCACAUCCAGAUCCCCGCCGCUGAGUUCGCCGAGAACCCGAGCUACCACGACCACCCCUUGCAAUACCUCUUUAGCUUACUGCUACACGCCGAGAAGAGCACGUACCAGUUCAUCGAGAGCCAGACGAACCUGCUGUGUCUGCUGCACGAGGUGAAGGAGGCCUGUGUGGCGGCCAAGGCAAGGGUGAUGGAGAACGACGGGCGCGAUGCGGCGCGCGUCGAGGAGAUGAAGGCGGAAGAGGCCCGACGGCUGACGGACGACCUGAAGGAGAAGGUGAGAGUCGUGCAGGACCAGUGGAACAGCGCGCUCGGCGAGACGGUGGGCAGCGUCAAGGAGCGGGUUGGCGGCUGGUUGUUAGAGACGGGCGGGUGGGAUGAGAGUUUUGAGGAGGGCGGUGUGGGCGGUGUGUGAAGGGGGUGAAGAAGGUUCGGGUUUUGGAAUUUGUCCGUGCGGUGUAGUUGUUUUACAUCCUUUUCUGAGGACGAAGAGGGAACGAUGUGUUGCUUUGGCUUCGCCUGUGCGGAUGGGAGCAGAAAUUGCUGUGUCAGGCUCGAUAUCCUUGAUGCGGAUGCUUGUCUAUUGAUAGAUACCCUUUCAUCAUCCCCUGUUUUGGAGCUCAUUGAU